ACGAUCACACUAUUUAAAGAAAAAAAGCCGACGCGCGCGAUUCAUGUAUACAAGAAAUUCGUACUGUUUACAAAAACUAAAGAAAAUGUCGUUUCAAAACGUAUUAUGGAUUGUACUUACAGCACAGCUGAGUUUGGGAUAUGGUUAUUUUGAAAAUAAUCUCAGGCACGAAGACUACGAUGUCGACACUAAUGGUCCUGUACAUCACAAGAACUGGAUUCGCAAUGAAAGGAUGGACAACAAUGGGCUGUACUGGCUCAAAUGGUGGAUAAAUGCAACAGAGAAUACUAUUUACUUCGAGGUAACUGUCCAUACUCGAGGAUUUGCUGGACUGGGAUUCUCCAAGGACGGCCGAGUGGCAAGAGCAGAUAUGGUGCUUAUUUGGGUUGAUGAUACCACAGAACAAGCGAACGCAUUGGAUUGUCACGGGGCGCAGGAUCCUUCGAGCGGACCUCCAGUGCAAGACGAUACGCAAAACUAUGAUAUCAUUGAUGGUUACCAAAAUUCAACACAUACGAAUGUGAGGUUCAAACGAAAAAUUGAAACUUGUGACCCAUUUGAUAUUCCCUUCUCGGCUGAUACUUUUAAAGUACUUUGGUCUAUGGGGGAUUCUGAUCCUCUCCACAGGAGCCUAGAAUGGCAUGGUCAGAGCAGAGGCGUAAAAUCUUUGCGAUUAUUUUCUCCGAUGUUUACGAAACAUAGUCGCAGUUCAAACUCAAAGACAUUUGAUAUGUCGGACAUACAAAAAUGGGAUAUUACCGUGAACAAUGUCACCAUUCAACGAUCAAUGGAUACACUGUACUGGUGUAAAAUAGUGCAGCUACCAGAGUUAACUAAGAAACAGCACAUUAUUGGUUAUGAACCUCUGUUGUCUGGAAAACAUGAUAGAAAUAUAGUGCACCACAUGACCCUGUUUGAGUGCCAGUCAAAAUCAUAUCCUGGAUCCGACCCUUCUUCGUGGGACAUUUGGGUAAGAAGUUCCGGAACGGUGUGCAACAGUAACCUACUGACACCGCGGGACUGGGAUUCCUGUGCCACACCAGUUGCAGUCUGGUCGUUGGGAUCCGAUGGACAGUUUCUGCCUCCCCAUGCAGGAAUUCCAAUGGGAGGGGCAUCUGGAGUUAAAUAUUACAUGCUAGAAAUACACUAUGAUAAUCCCCAUGGAAAAUUAUUUGUAGAUCAUUCGGGUUUUCGAAUACACUACACACAGAAUCUGCGAACUUACGAUGCUGGAAUCCUAAUAAAUGGCGUUUCUAUUUCGGAAACUCAACUCAUCCCACCUGGUCAAAAGAAGUAUCGAAACGUCGGCAUUUGUGGACCGUCUUGUUCAAGCGUCAUGUUCCCCGAGGACGGUAUCAAAGUAAUUUCUGGAACUUUGCAUUCACAUCAAGCUGGUCGCCAAAUAAGUCUUCGACAUAUUCGCUCUGGUAAAGAGUUAAAUCCCAUCAUUGUAGACGAAAACUACGAUUACAGACAUCAAAAAGUCCAUCAGCUUGCUAAUGAAACGGUUGUAUUACCUGGAGAUUACCUUAUUACAGACUGUUCCUAUGACACAAAACUCAGAAAGCGACCCACAUUCGGCGGCUAUUCAACGAAAGAAGAAAUGUGUCUUACCUUUAUUACUUAUUACCCAAGGAUUGAGUUGUCUGGAUGCUACAGUAUGACACCGGUUCGCGAGUUCUUCGAGAUGUUCGGUGUUUACCAAUUCUAUUCUUUAAAUAUGACUGACAUUGAAAACAUGUUCCUUUACAGUGGAGAUUACGUUGACUAUAGUACAAAUUCAAGGAAUACAACAACAAAACCAAAGUACGGAAAAUCGUCCAACGAAGACGUUAUUUACCAAGAAUCUUUGUUAAACAAACUAAUUAUAUCCGAGCCUCCCGAGUUUCACGAUCGCACAUUUUUAGCGCACUUAAAUCAAUUGCCGUGGUACGAGCCCCUCUUUACAAAACGUGUAGAGCAAGAGUUUAUAACAGGGAAGCAUAUGACGUUUUGUCGUGUUUCCAAUGAUUCAAUAUCAAUUCCAUCGGAAAUAAUUCGGUUCCCCGAGUUUACUGCGUUUGUUAAACCUCCUACAGCCUGUUUAAAUUAUUUUUUCACUGAAAAUGAAGAACUUCGAUCGGGAGGCUCAAGACAUCUUACUGAUUUUACCUUUAGUCUGCUUAUAUUUGAAAUUGGUUUGAGAAAAAUAGUAUUGUAAAGAAAAACUGCGAACAGUAUUUUUUACAACAUGAUUGAUAAAGCUAACUUACCAAUAACAAUCGAUCAUUAAAAUAUUCAGGAAUAUUUCAGUCAAUAUUCGUUAAAAAUAAAUAAGAAAUCGAUUUAAAUUAGACAUGUACCUACGCUUAUAAAAUUAUUAAAAGGCUUACCUCAAUUUCAA